CUCAGCUCCCGGUUAGUUUCACCUACCUUUCACUCUCUAACAAAAAGUUAAAAGAAAAAACUUAUGAUAGUUUUGGAAAAUAUAUAAUCUCUGAUCUUCCGGUCCUCUGCUUUAUUUUAUCAGCUUCCUCGUAGCCUCCUCUUUCUGGUUAAUUCUCCAUCAUAUCAUCUUCAAUUCUUGUCUGAAAGUUUUCGAUCUGGAAAACCAAAAGAAAUGGCGCAACUGCUGCUCCACGGUUCACUCCAUGUCUGCGUCUAUGAGGUUGACAAGAUAAAGACCGAUGGCCUCCAUAACUUAUUCCACAAGAUCGUGGAAGGCGCUGAGCGUGUUGUGGGCUUCAACAAGACUGCUUCCAGAUUAUACGCAACCAUUGAUCUGGAAAAGGCAAGGGUUGGUCGCACCAGGCUUCUUGAUGAACACAAAAACCCCCGCUGGUACGAGUCUUUCCACAUAUACUGCGCACAUAUGGCAUCCAAUGUGGUGUUCAGUGUGAAGGUGGAUAACCCCAUUGGAGCAGAGCUGAUCGGCAGAGCUUAUAUGCCUGCGAGAAGGCUCCUGGGCGGGGAAGAAGUGGACGAGUGGCUCCCGCUCUUGGACAACGAUCGUAAUCCCAUACACAGCCAUUCCAAGAUUCAUGUGAAACUCCAGUUCCUUGAUGUGGUGAGGGAACGUUGUUGGGGCCGUGGAGUGAAAGCCGCGCGGUUUCCCGGCGUCCCGUACACGUUUUUCCCGCAGCGACGAGGUUGCAAGGUGACUCUGUAUCAGGACGCUCAUGUUCCUGAGAACUUCAUUCCCAGAAUCCCUCUGGCCGGGGGCAGAUUCUACGAGCCGCAGCGGUGUUGGGAGGAUAUUUUCGACGCCAUUACUAAAGCCAAGCAUUUGGUUUACAUAACGGGGUGGUCUGUGUACACUGAGAUCACACUGGUGAGGGAUCCCCGGCGGCCGAAACCCGGCGGGGACGCCACUCUGGGUGAGCUGCUCAAGAAGAAAGCCAGUGAAGGGGUGAGGGUUUUAAUGCUGGUUUGGGAUGACAGAACCUCUGUUGGGUUACUUAAGAAAGAUGGACUAAUGGCUACUCAUGAUGAGGAAACCGGGAAUUAUUUCAAGGACACUGAGGUUCAUUGCGUGUUGUGUCCCAGGAACCCAGACGAUGGGAGGAGCAUUAUCCAGAACAUAGAGAUCGGAACCAUGUUUACUCACCACCAAAAGAUUGUUGUGGUUGAUGGCGAAAUGCCAGAUGGGGAUACAGAGAGGAGGAGGAUUGUUAGCUUUAUUGGAGGGAUUGAUCUUUGCGAUGGAAGAUAUGACUCUCCAUUUCACCCUCUGUUUAGGACCUUGAACACCGCCCACCAUGACGAUUUUCAUCAGCCCAACUUCGAAGGCGCCUCCAUUAACAAAGGAGGACCGAGGGAGCCAUGGCACGAUAUCCAUUCGCGCUUGGAAGGGCCGGCGGCCUGGGAUGUGCUCUUCAACUUCGAGCAAAGAUGGAGGAAACAAGGCGGCAAGGAUUUGCUCCUUGACUUGAGAGAUCUUGAGAGCAUUUUCAUCCCUCCUUCGCCGGUAACCUUCCCGGACGACCACGAAACAUGGAACGUUCAGGUUUUCCGGUCCAUCGACGGCGGGGCUGCUUUCGGCUUCCCAGACGCACCGGAGGAGGCUGCCAAGUCCGGGCUGGUAUCCGGGAAGGAUAACAUCAUUGAUAGAAGCAUUCAAGACGCUUAUAUCAACGCCAUUCGUCGCGCCAAGAAUUUCAUCUACAUUGAGAAUCAGUACUUCCUGGGAAGCUCCUUUUCUUGGUACUCCGACGACAUCAAGGACGAAGCCAUCGACGCCCUGCACCUCGUACCCAAAGAACUGUCGUUGAAGAUCGUGAGUAAGAUCGAGGCGGGGGAACGGUUCACGGUGUACGUCGUGGUUCCGAUGUGGCCGGAGGGGUACCCGGAGAGCGGUUCGGUGCAGGCGAUUCUGGAUUGGCAGAGGAGGACAAUGCAAAUGAUGUAUACUGAUAUAGUUCAAGCUCUGAAAGCCAAAGGGAUCAUCGCUAACCCAAAGGACUACUUGAGUUUCUUCUGCCUGGGUAAUAGGGAAACCAAGAAAGGCGACGAAUACGAACCUUCUGAGAAACCGGAUAAUGAUACAGACUACAGCAGGGCUCAGGAAGCCAGGAGGUUCAUGAUAUAUGUUCAUGCUAAAAUGAUGAUAGUUGACGAUGAAUACAUAAUCGUAGGAUCAGCCAACAUAAACCAGAGAUCAAUGGACGGCGCGCGCGACUCAGAAAUCGCGAUGGGAGCAUACCAGCCGCACCACCUAUCUGCGAGGCAGCCAGCGAGGGGGCAGGUACACGGGUUCCGAAUGGCGCUGUGGUACGAGCAUCUGGGCAUGUUAGACAACUGCUUCGCCCAGCCGGAGAGCAUGGAGUGCGUUCUCAAGGUAAACCAAAUAGCAGAAAAUAACUGGAACCUCUACUCCGGCGAGACGUUGGAGCGCGACAUGCCUGCCCAUUUGCUCAGCUACCCCAUCGGAGUCACUGAAAAUGGACAGGUAACUGAGCUGCCUGGGUUUCAAAAUUUCCCCGAUACAAAGGCGCCAGUUCUUGGAACCAAAUCCAAUUUUCUUCCUCCAAUCCUCACUACUUGAACUCCGAUCCUCAGAUCAGAUCAGUUGUUUGUUUUAUUUUAUGGUUGCUGGAAGAUGAAUAUAUAUAUAUAUAAUAUAUAUGACUGAUACACAAUAAUUUAAUGGGAUUCAUAUCUAAGCUUUUCGAGUGUUUGCUAUAUGUAUGUAUGAAAUAAACAUGCAUUUUAGUAAAUGGAUUCUCU